GAUUUCUUUUUCUGACCUGAGUCUGAGUGAGAACAACAGAGAGAGAGUGAGAGAGUCAGAGUGUGCAUGAAAGAAAUUUGUGUAGCCUUGAAGGGACAACUUCCACUUGUCCACCACGAAAAUGGAAGUCUCGUCUCAUCGUUCUUCUUCGUCCACAGGCUUUCACUGCGGAGCAAGGCCUGCAAAAACUUCAGCGCGCACCUCAUCCCCAUCGCCUCCCACGAGGUCGACCUCAUCCGCAAGGAGACCACCAUCCACCACUGAUCAACAAAGGUGGACGUCUGCCUCCUACCACAACAAAAACAAAAGGCGGAGAAGAUCCUUGACUUUGAGGACGAAGUUUUUUUUGCUUGUAGGCAGCAGUAAUAUAGUUUCCGCAGUCCAGUAUCGAGGAUGGGUCAAUCCUCUCCGCUACGCCUCCUACACCGAAGAAGGCGAGCUUGUGCUGUCCAUCUUCAACAACCUAGAAGAUGCCGAACAGCCGGACUUCCUGAUGGAGAGCGUGAAGCAUCACAGUAGCUUGGACCACAUCCCGAUGAAGACGUUGGAGAGGAAUAGACAGAAGUUUUUAGUUGGAACAUCGGAUUGUAAUAAAACGUUGAACGCAACGAGCUUUCUGGAACAUGCGGAUAUGCUGGCAUUAUGUUCCUAUUAAGUAGGCUUCACCAUUAUACUGUCAAGAAGUUUCUAUCGACUAUCCUUUGUAUUCAUUGGCUGAAAUACUUGUCACAAGAAAUUUCUAAUUUGAUGUUUCCAGAUGAGUCUGAGUCCUCUGGCACAUCAAUGACCAUCGUCUUUUUUAUACAUCAACAUCUACUUCAAUAAGACUUUUACGAUUUGCUACUUGAGCUUCCCACUCUAUUAUAAUUUCGCACUCUACAUUUAGAUCUACUACACUUACAACACACUCCUUGUUCGCCUCUUCUAAUCUCCGAACAUGGCUUCAAGAUGACAAGGUCUUUCUUGAAUAUCGGUGCUAAGGACGGUCUAGUAGAAGACCCCUGCGUCGACUACGCGAAGAAGUACUCAGCUAGUGGCAUCCAUUUCGAAAAGGACCCAGAAUUCUGUAGAAUCGCGGAAAAGAACCUAUGACUUCGUUGAGAAAUGUUGAUCCUGAUGAUAAAAUGUUAGAAGGUGCAAGCUUCUUUUUUAGUACGUGGUGCACAAAGGACAAGAACAUGAUGCUUAGGCUUACAACAUGGCUGUCUUCACAAGAACAAGUUGACCAAAAUGUAUUCGAAAACUGAAGAUAUCCGAGUUACUGACUGAAAUAAGGGAGGUAGCUUUGACAGGGCUACUCCUCCUUGUUCAGUAUCUCGCCUGUUUUCAGUAGUUACUCGCUUAUUGUAGUUUUUCGAAUACAACUUGCACAACGCGUGACUUUUCCAUCCAUUCUGGCUCUAAUUCCUUUCCAAAAGAACUUGCCAGGCAUCAAACAGACAGUUAUUUGCGCAGAAGUGACGCCGAUGAACAUCGUGGACUUGCUGGAGAAGCAUGUGCCUAGCAUCAAUCGAGGUGUCCGGCAUUUCGACCUGAUCAAAAUUGAUAUUGACAGGUAAGAAUUACGAGAUUCGCAAGAAUGUCAUCCAAUUCCAUCCUCCCAAGCCCAACUCCCAACAAUGUGAAUCCCGCCAUCAACAUCCAGUUACGACGCCAUGGUCUUGGAUACUCUCCUUCGCAACCAUUUCUCUGCCAAACACUGGAUACUAGAGGUCAACCCAGCCAUACCACCACCGUAUCAAUUCGCCACUCUCUACCAUCCGAAAUUAUGGCAGACGAUGCUGUCAAGUAGCAUGGGCGACUGGCCUUUGAGAGGGAUGAGUCUGUCCUACGCAGUGAAUAUCAUGGCCAAGUGGGGAUAUGAGUUGGUAUAGAUCAUACGUUCUUUUUAUGCAGUGAAUAUCAUGGCCAAGUGGGGAUCCAUGUGAGUUGGUAAUUAUGCUUUGGGGAUAUUUUGGGUGUAAUUGCUGGUUCUGCUCUCUUUUUUAGGUGAUGCAUAUUAUAUCUCAGGUUGCAAUAAUUGCUUCAGGUUCACGUCAAAGACAAAGUAGAGAUCAAACAUAAAAAUCCCAGGAAAUAUCAUUCUCCACUCAAUCUUGCACAAAUAUGUCCUCUUCGAAUACCAAAUAUCAUUCUUCACUCAAUCUUGCACAAAUAAGUCCUCUUGGAGUACCACACCUCCAGGUCCUCUUCGAAUACCACGAUGCUAUUUUCGUUCACAAGCGGUUCAAGCAGAUCUACGGGUUCACAACACCUUUCGACGAAUUCGACUGCUACCAUAAGUCUUUCGUUAUGUCCAAUGGUGUGCCGAUUAGGUCGACUCGAAAAUGGUUCUACGAGGUUUCACCAGAGCAGGGUGCAGCGGAGAUUUUCCAGCACAUGAUCAAGCACGCUUUGCCUGCAAGCAAUGGGAAAUUUGCGUUUCCGUUUACUUUGAGCUAUUGAUAAUGUAAAAACGAAUGUUCUUAUUGAUCUUGUGGAUGGAUUUGAAACUGGAUUGCGGGUUCUUGACAAAGAAAUGCUUGAUAAAGAAAAUCAAAAUGUAACGAAACGCCGUAUUAGUAUUAGACUCGAGUACUCAAGCUGAUGAACAUGAAGACAACAUGAUCAACGACGCACACAUAAUGACAAAAACUAGAUAAAACGAAAUGAAAUCAAAAUCAUUGUAGACUCCUAGUAAAUUAUUGAG